ACCGCGGCCGGGUCGCGGCGCCCACUGGGCCCGCCCCUUUUCCCACCGUCUCCGCCCCGCCCCGCCCCGCCUGGCUUCGCCCCGCCCGCGCCGCGCCGGGCGCUGUCAGAGACGAGGUGUAUGCUGAGGUGCUGCUGCCGCCGGUUGCUACACGUAUUGGGCCCAAGCUUCCCGCUGCUGACCCGCCGGCCACUUUUCUGCCCUCCCAGUCUCAUGAAGCCGCUGGUCGUGUUCGUACUCGGCGGCCCCGGCGCGGGCAAGGGGACCCAGUGCGCCCGCAUCGUCGAGAAAUAUGGCUACACACACCUCUCUGCGGGAGAACUUCUCCGUGAUGAAAGGAAGAACCCAGAUUCACAGUAUGGUGAACUCAUUGAAAAGUACAUUAAAGAUGGAAAGAUUGUACCAGUUGAAAUAACCAUCAGUUUAUUAAAGAGGGAAAUGGAUCAAACAAUGGCUGCCAAUGCUGAGAAGAAUAAGUUCUUGAUUGAUGGGUUUCCAAGAAAUCAAGACAAUCUUCAAGGUUGGAACAAGACCAUGGAUGGGAAGGCAGAUGUAUCUUUUGUUCUGUUUUUUGACUGUAAUAAUGAGAUCUGUAUCGAACGAUGUCUUGAGAGGGGAAAGAGUAGUGGUAGGAGUGAUGACAACAGAGAGAGCUUGGAAAAGAGAAUUCAGACUUACCUUCAGUCAACAAAGCCGAUUAUUGACUUAUAUGAAGAGAUGGGGAAAGUCAAGAAAAUAGAUGCUUCUAAAUCUGUUGAUGAAGUUUUUGAUGAAGUUGUGAAGAUCUUUGACAAAGAAGGCUAACUCUAAACCUGAAAGCAUCCUUGAAAUCAUGCUUGAAUAUUGCUUUGAUAGCUGCUAUUACAACCCCUUUCAAAGGCAAUUUUAAUCUUCAAAAUUACAUCUCAAUUAAUGACUAGAAAAUAUAGUAAGACAAAGUAAAUUUUUAUGGUUUUUUUUUUUUGUCACAGAAGUAGUGAAUUCAGGUUUAAUUACAUCUUAGUUAUUAUGGUGCUCACAAAACAAAGAAGGGUAUCAGCUGGUUCUUUGUUUUUAUUAAAGACUAUCCCUUUUAUAGUUUGUGCCUUCUGUGAGCAAAAUUUUUUAGUAUGCAUGUAUAUCCCUUUAGUAAUUACAACAUAUUAGAAUUAGGGAUUCCCACUUCCUCUUUUUCUUGCAGGUUUUAAAUUUCUAACCUCUUAAUUGAAUUUGUGGACCAAAUUUCAAAGGAACUUUUUUGUGUAGUCACUUCUUACACAAGGUGUUGGUAAACAAACUCAUAAAGUGGAUUCUUAACAAUGUUUUAGUAUUUACCAAACAACUGACCAUUUCCUAUAGUAAGAUGAGAAAACUUAGGCUUUGAUUUACUUCAGCUUACAGAGUGUAUGUCAGGGGUUCCAGGGUUUUAGGUUGGGGGCACAAGGGGUUCAGAGCCUGAUGGAAUUAUCAGUUUUAUUCUGACAACAUCCUAGGGUAUGUGGCAAGGAUCACAUCUAAUGACUUGUGUUCCUUAUGCUCUAUUAUAUAGUGCUAUCCAUUAGUAAAUUGAUCUUAACACAAUUCGUAGCAGUGGAACCUUGAAAUGCAUGUGUUAGAUUUAUACGAAAAUGAUUCAUUUCUCAUUUUAACAACACUUCCAAGUCUUUUGUUUUUCAGACUAAAUAUAGGGUUAGGAUAAAUUUAAAAACAACCUAAUGAUUAAAAUUCCCAUUUGCAUUUAUUUUCUGAAAUAUUUUUUCAUAGUUAUUUGUUUUAAAUAAUUUUAAAAAUCAUUGCACUUUGGUCAGAAAAAUAAUAAAUUUAUCUUACAAAUGUUUGAUUACCUUCCUGGCUAAUUUUGUUAGUAAAUUUGGGGGGUAGGGUGCAGGGCAUCACAUUGAAGCCCUGAAAGGCACAAAAUUUUAAAAAGGCUGUGGAGUUCAUUCUUCCCUUAACAUCUCCGAGAAAUUUGUUUUCUCCUUCUAUCACUAAUACUAAGUAGUAUUCAUGGUCUUUUUGGUGGUGGUACUUGGGAUUAAACCCAGGGGCCCUCUACCACUGAGGUACAUCCUAGCCCUUUUUAUUUGUUAGUUUGAGACACAGUCUUGCUAGAUUGCCCUGGCUGGCCUUGAAUUUGCAAUCCUCCUACCACAUCCUCCAGAGUAGCUGGGAUUAUAGGUAUGGGGCACCGUGCCUGGCUCCUAGGUUAUUAACAGAGAGUUCUUAAAUGUUUUUAAUUUCCAACACAAACUACUUGGUAUACAGGGUUAAUAAGGCGUGGAACUUUUUUAACAAUUAAAUUUUAUAUUUAAAGUUAUUGGGAAUAGUGAGAACAAAUUAAUGGCUGUUCUUAUAAUAGAAUCAUUUAUUUCUAUGCACAUUACAAAACUGACUAAUGAGAAAUUUUUCAAUAUAUUUGCCAUUAGAGAAUAAAGCAUCCUUUAGCACUGUAAUAUAUUGACCACCAAAAUGUGUAUUGAGAUUAUCUUGGUUUCUUGGAAGAGAUUAUGGUAAGUUUUUUCCUAACACUUUAAUUCAUCCAAUACAGAGGACUUUUAUUAAUAGUUUAAUCAUACCAUUAUAGUGUGAAGUAAAGGUAAAGACUAAAGGUUUUGAAAGCAUUCCUAUUCACACAAGUACAUCUGUCAGGUGGGAAUCUUAAGUAUUUUUACCAGUAAAUGUGAGAACAACCUUAUAUUUCUGAAUACUGCUGAGACUAGGUGUUUUUGCCUCCUUUCAUCAGAUAUCUUUCUGUGGCAUUUGAGGAUUGAAACCAAGAAACAUGGUAAUUACUAAGUUAUGAAGCUUUGAUUUUUUCCUUUGCUUUUAAAUAGAAAAAUAUGUUGGCAAGAUUGAAUUUUGUAGUUCAUUGAGAUAUAUCUGACUUCACUAGUUUGGUCAUUCCAUUUGUUAAAGAUGCAGUCACUAAGACAUUCUUUAGUUUCUGGAAAGUCCCUAAUUUGAGCCUUACUGUGUUGCUGUGUUUCUUUAAAUUAUUUCCAUUCAAUGAUGUUGAAUAUGUAUAAAUUAUUUAGUAAUAUAAUUCCAAUAAAUUUUGUGCUGUGGCCUUUGCUA